UCGUAGUAGAAUUCUGUUUGGCUCGUAGCUGUCAAAAUAAAGUCAUAUGUAAUAAUGUGAUUCUUUGCCUAUCGGUGUCAACUGUCCACCUACUCGAGAGCUUUGAAAAAUCAACUCAUUGCGCAUAGUAUUUUAAAAUGGACUUCGAAAGUCCUGAUGUGGAAAAAGACUUUCCUGGAUUAUACGCCUCCGAAUCCGGGAGAAAAAGCAACGAAAGCGAUUUCAGUGACGAAGGACAUGACAGGCCAUCCAAAAAGGAACUAUUAAUUGGGAAGCGUAAGGAUAAGAAGGACAAAAAAGAUCGAGGCUAUGCCACGCUAGAGGGUGAAAGCUCUCCAGAUGAGGACAUCGAAACUAAAAGUCCUUCAAAGUCCAAGAAAUCAAAAACAUUCAAAUUCCCAUCAAAGAAGGAGAAGCGUGAAAAGUCGAGAGAAAAAGAUGGAAAAGAAAAAGAAACUGAAAAAGAGAAAGAUAAAAAGAAAAAGGAUAAGGAUGACAAGGAAAUUGAUAAGGAUAAACGCAAAGACAAAGAUAAAGAUAAAUCAAAACUGAAAUUGAAGGACCGCAAGAAAGGAAAACACGGCGAUGAAACUCUUGAUAUUGGUGAGGAGCAACCAAUUUUUGGUGUUACUUUACAACUGGCUGUUGAAAGAGGACGCUGUCACGAUGGUGUUGAACUGCCAUUAGUCGUGCGAAAUUGCAUUGAUUACAUUGAAGAAUAUGGAAUGACUUUUGAUGGGCUGUACAAAGUAUCGGGGGUGAAGUCUAAGGUUCAAAACCUCAAAAAGCUUUACAAUCAACGAGAAUCAGUGGACCUAUCAGAAUUUGAUCCCAUGGUAGCAACUAGUCUGUUGAUUCUCUUUUUAAGGGAAUUGCCAGAGCCAAUAUUACAGAACGGUGAAGUUGUGUCUCGUUUCGAGCAGGCUGCAUCUCUGAAAGAUGUGAGCUUGAGGGAAACACAGCUUGUUCACUUAGCUUUUCAAUUACCUGAAUGUAAUAGAGUUCUUUUGGCAUGGGUUAUUUUGCAUUUGGACCAUGUGACGGCUCACGAAAAAACAACAAAAAUGAAUGCACAGUCUAUUGCGAUGACGCUAAGUCCCGUUUUACAAAUGAGUCAUCGGCUGCUUCUGGCAUUGUUGUUACAUUGCAAGGCAUUAUUUCCAAAUGUUGAGUUAACAAAGUAUAUUCCACCUUUGUCUUCAGGCAGUCCAAGUCUACCAGGGACAGUUGAAAGUAUAGCUGCCGAAUUAGCUAAGCAAGAAUCACUGCUAUCACAAAUUCAUAUGCAGAUGAAUGCCGGAUUUGUUACUAAACUGAGAGAGGAACAACUGUGGGAGGUACAACGACUCAUUACUCAGCUGAAAAGGAAAUAUAAAACUCUGCAAAAGCUAGAAGGUCUAGCGCAGAAAAGUUUGGAGGAAGAUCUCAAAUCAAGUGAUGAAUGUAAUAUUGACACUAGUUUACAAAAAGUGAAACCUGAGGAAGAUAGUACUCACACUAAAUUGGAACCUCAAUUAACGCCAACCAUUGCUCUAAUAAAAAAAGAAAGCUACUCCCAAAGCGUGGACGAAUCAAAAGAUCAAUGCGAUGGUCCUGAAGCAACCCUCACGGCUGUAACUACGCCUGAAUGUAAAUCUAGUUUACAAGUCAAACAAAUACAAGAAAAACCAGAAACACUCGUUAUUGACCAGCAAUCGAAUGAAAUUGAUAAUGGGGGCGUUGAAGACACAGCUCAAAAAUCUCAACCGCUGGCUAUAGAUGACGACGAUGAACUUAGAGAACGACUUAUUUUUGGAGAAUUGUUGGCGAUGCAAGCGUCGUUGAGAUCACGUAUUGCUGAAGAACGGGAAGAGAUAGAGCGAUUAGCUGAAUUAUUAAUCAACAAAGAUUAUGAUAAAAGUAAACCAAAGGAUGUAGUCCACAUUCUAGACGAAACGGAGAAGGCAGCUAUAAUCGAGUUGAUAAUGGAGAAUCAAAUGCUAGAAAAAAAGAAGGCAACCCUCGUACAAACCAUUAUUGAAGAAAAUAUGGCUUGUGUUGAGUUACGUGUAGAACUUGUUCUGCAACAAGUACUGACCCAGAAUGGUUUAACUGCAUCAAAGCAAAUUUAAUAAUUACGAACAAAUUAUAAAAAAUUGAUCGUGUUAAAAUGAUUAUGUGCGAUGGCGAGUUUGUUAAAAAAAUGUGAGUUUUAGUUGAUCGCAUUGUUACUUGUUAUAAUUGUAUGUAAGUUGAGAUUUUUUUGUCUCAUAGUCAUAGGCUUACUUAAGUGAUAAUGUAUCUACCAAAUUGGUAAUACGUUCAAGCUGUCAUCUAUAGAUAGACAAAGAUGAGCAUAUCUGACAUGAUCUGUUGAUAAGAUAUAUUACCCAAAUAUCAGAUGGUUUAUCGGCCCAGAUGAAAUGUUAGAACAAAAUAAAAACAGGUCACUAGAUCUAUUUACCUGAGCCUUUUAUACCAUAAUGUCAAACGGCGAUCAGGUGAGAUGAGUGACACUCCCACUCAAAGAGUAUCCGUGUAUUGAAUAAAUAAAGUCUUGACUAUUUCUCAU